GAUUUCUUACUGCUGCAUAUUUUUGAGGAGGACUUGUUGGUAAAAUAUAAAUGAAAUAGCACAAUGACCUGCAUCUGCACAAUAACAAAACUAAAUGACGAAGUGAUAAAAGUAAUUCAGGGAAUCGCAGCAGCAGAUAAGACAAAUUGGUGAAAUUCUGUGAGACUUUAUGCAGCCAGAUACACUGAUAAGGGAUUCUUUGGUUCUAUAAACUAUUUCACUGAAUGAAGUAUCAGGGGGUAGCCAUGUUAGUCUGGAUCUGUAAAAAGUGACAAAGAGUCCUGAGGCACCUUAUAGACUAACAGCCGGAUUGGAGCAUAACCUUUCAUGAGUGAAUGCCCAGUUCAUCAUCUCACGAAGUGGGUAUUCACCCACGAUAGCUUAUGCUCCAAUAUAAUUGAAUCAAGUCUCCUACAGCACCUCCAUCUCUGCUCCUCCUCCUGCCUCUGUGUUUCCCAGAGCUGCUGCAGGGACUGACCCGCACCCAGGCUCUCGCUCCUAUUAGCACUUGCAGGGACCAAUCCAACUACGGGAGAGUGAGCGGCCAUGGGAGCAGGAAAGUGACCAAGUCUCCCUGCCAGAGGGUUGGGGAAGGGAGAAGAAAGGGAGAGUGAAGAGACUGAAAGGGAUUAAGGAGAAAUGUGGGGAAAGCAGUGCCCAGCUCUUUUCUCCUGCAUCACCCUUGAGUAGAUUGCUCCUGAGCUCUGGGUAAAUAUCCCCCUAUGUCCAGGGUCUCCCAGAUCCCCCUGACUCCCCAGGGAAUGAACAUAGGGGUCUCCUUCCUGCCAGGUGUGAUUACAAGCAGCUGUAGGCAUUACCCUCAUGCCAGGAUUUGAGACAGACAGCACAGCUUGGGAAUAUGCCUCUGUAUAUACAGUUCAGUGUGACAAUCACCACCCCAGGAGGUGUUUGUUCUCUACUCCUGCUGGAUGGGCACAGAAUGGGGCAACAAAAGGCUUGUCAGUUUCUGCGGCUGCACAUUCCUUAACUUAGGACAGUAUGAAAUGAAGAAAAUGGAGAUUGAAUUAAAGGGAAAUCUACAAAUAAAAUUUCCAGACCCUGUUGCUUAUUGAAAGAAAUGACUCAAUAGCCCAGUUACAUGUUUUAUUAACACGAACAAAUAAAUCCAAGAGCACACAUCACUAAGGCUAAAUGACUAUAGACACCACUCAGGCCUGGUCUACACUAUGGGUUUAGGUCGACUUUAGCAGCGUUAAAUCGAAUUAAGCCUGGACACGUCCACACGACGAAGCCCUUUCUUUCGACUUAAAGGGUCCUUUAAACUGGUUUCUUUACACCACCUCUGACGAGGGGAUUAGCAAUAAAACCGGCCUUUGCGGGUCGGAAUUGGGGUAGUGUGGACGGAAUUCGACAUUAUUGGCCUCUGGGAGCUAUCCCACAGUGCUUCAUUGUGACUGCUCUGGACAGCACUCUCAACUCAGAUGCACUGACCAGGUAGACAGGAAAAGACCUGUGAACAUUUGAAUUUCAUUUCCUGUUUGCUCAGCAUGGAGAGCACAGGUGACCACACAGAGCUCAUCAGCACAGGUAACCGUGAUGGAGUCCCAGGAUCGCAAAAGAGCUCCAGCAUGGACCGAACGGGAGGUACGGGAUCUGCUCGCCAUAUGGGGAGAUGAAUCAGUGCUAGCUGAACUCCGUAGCAGUAAAAGAAAUGGCAAAGUAUUAGAAAAGGUCUCCAAGGCCAUGAAGGACCGAGGCCAUAACAGGGACACACUGCAGUGCCGCGUGAAAAUUAAGGAGCUACGGCAACCUUACCACAAAGCCAGAGAAGCAAAUGGAAGGUCCGGGGCAGAGCCACAAACUUGCCGCUUCUACGCGGAGCUGCAUGCCAUUCUAGGGGGUGCAGCCACCACUACCCCAACCCUGUGCUAUGACUCUCUCACUGGAGAAACACACAGGGAAGACGGUUUGGGGAACGAGGAAGAUGAGGAUGGAAGUACUGUAGGUAGCUCACAGCAGCAAGGAAGCGGAGAAACCAGUUUCCCCAACAGCCAGGAUCUGUUUGUUACCCUGGACCUGGAACCAGUAACCCCCGAACUCACCCAAGACCCUCAGGGCACACAGGAGACCUCUGCUGCAAAUGUUUCUCCUUCGCAGAGGCUAGUGAACAUUAGAAAGAGAAAACGUAGGACGAGGGACGAUAUGUUCACAGAACUGCAGAUGUCCUCCCACGCUGAUAGAGCACAGCAGAAUGCGUGGAGGCAGUCAAUGUCGGACAUGAGAGAAGCACAAUAUGAACGAGAGGAGAGGUGGCGGAAUGAAUGGCGGGCUGAAAAGAGCAAGUGGCGGGCUGAAGACGAUAGGUGGCGUCAGCUUGCAGACAGACGGCAAGAGUCAAUGCUCCGUCUGCUGGAGCAUCAAACUGAUAUGCUUGAGCGUAUGGUUGAGCUGCAGGAAAGGCAGCAGGAGCAGAGACCGCUGCUACAGCCCCUGUUUAACCAACAGCCCUCCUCCCGAAGUUCCAUAGCCUCCUCACCAAGACGCCCAAGAACACCGUGGGGGGGCCUCCGUCCACCAGUCACUGCACCCCAGAUGAUCGCCCAAGCAUCAGAAGGCUGGCCUUCAAUAAGACUUAACGUUUUAAAAUGCAGUGUGUCCUUUUUCAUCCCUCCUCCCCCACCCAUCCCAGGCUACCUUGGCAAUUAUCCCCCUACUUCUGUGAGGAACUAA